AGAGGUCAGAGCAGCCCCAAGUGCAAUAUCUGACUCAUGUGCACAUACAAUUUAGGACUGUUGCAGGGGGGAAACUAUUUAUAAUGAGUUUUGAUUAAAUAUGCGAAAAAUACUAUAUUAGUAAAUAACUUAGUGUUCUGUUUUUUUAUUGGAAUGGUAGAGUUCAGACUGGCAAAAAAGGGAGACGGAUCCCAUCGUUCAAAUGAACGAGUUAGCUGACCGAGACGGCUCGUUCGUGACCCACACAUUGAUGUUUCAUGUUCUGCAGUUUGUACGGUGCACACACGUUGCCACGCCGGUACAACCAAAGUAACAGAAAUCUCGCUGAGGGAUAGUUUUUCUUUCAGUGUUUUCAGGUUUCCGUUAAAAUGGACCGAGAGCUCAAACAAACCAGUUAAAUGUCAACGACAAAAGCCGGACGGAAGACGCGGAGCUGGCUCGGUAGCACUUAAAUGCCACUAUAAGUCCGUGAAACACACCUCUGAUUUGCAGUUCUGCACACGGGGAGUUCUCCAGUAACACUCUUAAAGUCCAGGACAGACCUGCAGCCAUGGCGGGCAAGGGCCGUGGGGUGGCUGCCUUUACCUUCAACAUAGAAGCUCUGGGCAUCGGCAGAGGCAGCAUGCCAGAGGCCAGGGUGGGGCCCAGCCCGCUGUAUCCCAACACUGAGUUUAAACCGCUUCCACUAAAAAUCGGCGAAGACGAAGACUACAUGCUGGCCUUGAAGCAGGAAAUGAGAGGGACAAUGCAGCGGCUGCCUCACAAUAUCAAAGUUCAGUCCAACAGAGCAGAAGUGGAGAAAUACACAGCGAGGUACCUGAAGCAGAGCCAGCUGGAACAUGACGGGUGGACUCCAGACUGGAACCGAUUUCCAAAAGAACUGAUGCCCCGAACUAAAAAAACUCUAACUAAAGGCACAAAGAAUAAGAAGUCUGUGAAAAGUUCAAGCAAAGAAGCGACAGAUGUUCUGAGCAAAUUAGACGAACUCGCGAAGAAGGACGAAGGAAACGAUGAAAAGUCGGACGACGAGAAAGAGAAGAAAACGACAAACGAGGACGACGAAGAAGUCGAAGAGGAAGAGUACGAGGAAGAAGACAUCGAGGAGGACAACGACUACAUCGAGAGCUACUUCGACAACGGAGAAGAUUUCGCCCCCGACAGCGACGACAACAUGGACGCCGAAGCGACGUACUGAGUCGAGCACGCGUAGCCACGGCACCGUUUACGUUGGUCACACCGAAUGUUUAAGUUAACACUUUCAGCGGAGCGGGAGAGGUUUGUAAAUAAGAAUGGAAAUGAGCCGAAAGAAGAAGGAAUGUAUUGAAAAUAUAUUUAUUUAUUCUCCACGCGGGAGCACAGUUUAAAGGCACAUACUGUCAAUUUCUCAACAAUGCUUUGUCAGAGAAAAUCAAGUUAACACUGUGAUGAAAUAAAAGGGCUAUGUGAGCAAGGUGUAAGGAGUUCACAUUGUUGCACGUGGAAGUCAGAACGAGAUCCCCAGACAGCUCCGGUGGUCAAUUAUGGGCUGGUUCUCAACGCUAACUUAAACAAGAGACAGAUUCAAGGCUUCAACUGGCAUUCCAAUACUGAUACAGGAAGAAAAAAA